AUGUCCUUAAUUAAGAAGUUUUCGAAGUCGUCCUUAAGGGACACGUGGCGUCAUGUGAAAGUCGAGUUUACGGAGUCGAAAUCAUUUCAUCUUCUCCAUAUUCUCUCUCGACGGCUAAUCCUCUGGCCACAGCUUCUCCCCCGAUUUCAACCCCACGAUUUGUUGUUGCUCACUCCACACCGAUCUAUCCUCUCCUCCAAAGCUUGUCCAGAUAUUGGGUUAGAUGUAUGCAUUAUUUUUCACCUUCUCCACUGUUUCGAUACGGGCCUCGCUAGAGAAGUUCGAGUACAGUUCCUGGGUAUCAACCACGACCCUAACGCAUGA